AUGUGUUUUGUGAAGCAGCUGGACGUGCCACAAUACGGGAGCUACAGGCCCAACAUGGUUCCCACCACGCCCCGUGCCAACCUGGCCAAGGAGCUGGAGAAGUACUCCAAGGUGUCCUUCGAUUAUGCCAGCUUUGACGUUCAAGUGUUUGGAAAGCGCAUGCUCGCUCCAAAGAUGUCCACCAGCGAAACCUCACCCAAAUCCCUCAAAAGUAUGCCAAGCCCGCGUCGUUCCCCCAAGUCAUCGUCGCCAAGCCUGAGUCUCCACGCUUAUGGGAAGAGCUCCUCUUCCUCCUCCUCGGCCUACGACUAUUCCCAUGAUGCUGAAGCUGCUCACAUGGCCGCCACCGCCAUCCUAAACUUGUCCACGCGCUGCUGGGAGAAACCCGAGAACCUCAGCACCAAGCAGCACCACAAAGACAUGGACAUUGAGGUGGAUGAAAAUGGAACCCUAGACCUGAGCAUGAAGAAGCCCAUCAAACGGGAGGGCAGCCUGUCAGGCGCCAGCAUCGGUGUUCGAUCCCCAGACCCUUCAUCCUCAUCCUCUUCCUCGCUUCAUCACGGUGGAAGCAGUGGGAUGACAUCGCCGCACCUCGGCCAUGGCUACAAGCAGGAGGAGUGGGAGGGACCUCUGGACUACACCAAACCCAACCGCCAACGGGAGGAGGACCUGGAUGAGAUGGAGCACACGGGCCAGUCUUUCGCCUCGUCUGACCCGGAGGACAGCGACAUGAUGCAGGAGUGUCUGGAGGAGAGAAAGUAUCCGGGGGAGGUCACGUCCCCAAGUUUCAAAGUCAAGUUCCAGUCCAAGGACAGCAAGAAAGAUCUGCUCUUGUGUCCCACUCCUGGUUGUGAUGGCAGUGGCCACAUUACAGGAAACUAUGCAUCCCAUCGCAGUCUAUCUGGGUGUCCUCUUGCUGAUAAGAGCCUUCGGUCCCUCAUGGCGGCCCACACUGCUGAACUCAAGUGUCCUACUCCGGGAUGUGAUGGCUCAGGUCACAUCACAGGAAACUACGCCUCCCACAGAAGUCUGUCUGGGUGCCCGCGUGCCAAGAAAAGUGGAAUUAAAACAACUCCUACCAAGGACAACCAGGAGGACUCCGAGCUCUUAAAAUGCCCCGUACCAGGCUGCGACAGCCUGGGCCACAUCAGCGGGAAGUAUGCCACCCAUCGCAGUGCUUAUGGCUGCCCACUGGCCGCCCGCAGGCAGAAGGAGGGCCUGCUGAAUGGCACUCCUUUCAGCUGGAAGGCUUUCAAGACCGAGGGGCCCACCUGUCCCACCCCGGGCUGUGACGGCUCUGGACACGCCAACGGCAGUUUUCUCACACAUCGCAGCCUCUCAGGAUGCCCAAGAGCUUCCUUUGCUAAGAAGAAGGCAAAGUUCCCUGCAGAAGAUUACUUAAGUACCAAAUUCAGAGCCAGUGAUGUUCUGGAUAAUGAUGAGGACAUCAAGCAGCUCAACAAGGAGAUUAAUGACCUCAGCGAGUCUAACAAUGAAAUGGAAGCUGACAUGGUCAAUCUGCAGACUCAGAUCUCCUCCAUGGAGAAGAAUCUGAAGAACAUUCAGCAUGAGAACAAGAUGAUUGAAGAGCAGAACGAGGCUCUGUUUAUGGAGCUGUCCGGUCUCAGCCACGCCCUGAUCCGCAGCCUGGCCAAUAUACGCCUCCCUCAUAUGGAGCCGAUCACCGAGCAGAACUUUGACAGCUAUGUGAACACCCUGACCGACAUGUACACUAACAAGGACUGUUUCCAAAGCCCGGAGAACAAGGCUCUCCUGGAGAGCAUCAACAAGGCCGUGAAGGGCAUCAAGGUCUGA